AUGAGAUCUUUCGCUCUUUUCACGUCUGCUCUUGCAGCAUUCGCCAGCACCGUCAGCGCUGCUGGUGUCACCGGUGCCGCUGAAGGUUUCGCCAAGGGCGUAACUGGAGGUGGUUCGGCCGCUGCUGUAUACCCUACCACCACUGCCGAGCUGGUCUCGUACCUUGGUGACAGCACGCCCCGUGUCAUUAUUCUCAACAAGACCUUCGACUUCCGCGGUACUGAGGGCACCACCUCUGCCAAGGGUUGCUCUCCUUGGGGUACCGGCAGUCUUUGCCAGCAGGCCAUCGACAAGGAUAGCUGGUGUGAGAACUACGAAUCUUCGGCACCCAAGGUCUCUUCCCUGACUUACGACAAGGCUGGUAUGACCGGUAUCACUGUCAACUCCAACAAGAGUUUGGUUGGUCAGGGCAACAAGGGUGUCAUCAUGGGCAAGGGUCUCCGCAUGGCCAACGGUGUCAAGAACAUCAUUAUCCAGGUAUUAAGAGCAGUGCGAGCCUGUUUCUGCAUUUCUGACCCUGAACAAAGNAACAUUGCUAUCACUGACCUCAACCCUCACUACGUCUGGGGUGGAGAUGCCAUUACUCUUGCUGGCACUGAUAUGAUCUGGAUUGACCAUGUUACUCACAUCGUUCUGGGCGAGUCUGCUUCCGGCAGAGUCACUAUCUCCAACUGCGACAUCGACGGUUCGUCCACCUGGUCCGCCACCUGUGAUGGCCGUCACUACUGGGCUCUGUACUUCACCGGUUCCAACGACAUGAUCACUUUCAAGGGCAACUACAUCCACCACACCUCUGGUCGUUCCCCCAAGGUUCAAGGCAACACCAUCCUCCACGCCGUCAACAACUACUGGGCCAUGCUUUCGAGCUGGGCCAAGGCGGUUACAAACAAGUUCCAGAAUGUUAAUACGGUAAUCGAAGCCGGAGCUACUGGCAAGUACUUCACUGUCCCUGGCAGUGGUAGCGUCUGCAGCUCCUUCAUCGGCCGCAGCUGCCAGAGCAACGCCUUCGGCAGCUCCGGUGCCUUCUCUUCUGCCGAUACCAGCUUCCUUGGUAACUUCGAGGGCAAGAACAUUGCUUCUGCUGCUGCUGCCAGCUCUGUCUCCACUGCCAACGUUGGUUACGGCAAGAUCUAA